UUCAAGAGCAGGAGAUAAUGUAAAUGAAUAGAAUAGUAAGAGAAAAAAGCGGCAUUUCCUGUUAGCAGAAUUAUGUGAAGUUUGGCAUCGGCAGGAAAUGAGCAAGCAAGGCCAUCAUUGCAUCAUCAAUACUAAUUUUAUAAUGAUCGCCGUUUUUGAAUUUACGCGACCGUUGCUAUAUAGAACAAGAAGUACUAUUAAAGUCCUGAAAGCAAAAACGUUCUAGUUCGCUCAAGCCAAAGGUGGCCUGGCCCAUGUUCUCACACUAUCUUGAAAUUAUACGAUUCCUACGCAUUGGUUAUGUCAUGCAAGAAAGAAGCCAGUGGAGGGUCCAGGGCUCACACGGACGUAGAGAGUUGGAUAAAACCCGAUUCUAUACAGGAUUUGGGAGCAAUGAGCAUCGACCAUCGAUCGCUGGUGAAUGUGCGCUUUCGGGCAAUAUAAAUGAUCGCACCAGCUUCUUCGUAACAGGACUCAAACGCUUACCUACACGAAAUACUCAACACCCUAAUCGAAAAGUCUCAGCCACGAUCAUUGACGACGACGGUAUCUGUACCACGAAACAGUGGCAGUAUCGUACAUUAGUAUUGGGUAUAAUUGUGACAUGAGCUACGUGAGCUUUUUGGCACAACCAUUACCACAGUAGUAAACCAUUCGAUUGACAGGUCGCGCCGGACAACUCGCCGCUGAGAUGUCGCCGGUCAGAAGGAUGAGGGUAACACGGUGUCAAAAAUGAAAAGUGGAACAGCACUCAAAAAUACGUACAGCUUGUUUGUUGGACGCUGAAAGACGGACGGACUUCGAAAGCAUUGGCGGCAUUUUUCCAACUACUCCUGGACAAAACAACUGGGGAGAAGAAAUGGCAGAAGGCGCGACGAGGAAAACCUCUAAGUCUCGCAUACGUAGGAAUGGCAUGUACGUCAUACAUCUUAAUGCUAAGAAAAAAUGUCGUAGAGAAGAGCUUAUUAAAUAGGCACAAUCUGGGAAUUUUCGUCCCGUUGAACAUUUGAAACUAACGACUUCUUAUGUUUAUUUCGCCGACCAAGCAUCGAGGAAUGCCAAGAUGUUAUUAGUUCUUGCAAAGUAUGAUAAGCAGUACCUGUGUCUUUGAUUCAACCUUCUCAUCCAUCAAACGAAGCCGAGCAUACUGCCCUCGUGUCACAUCUGACGUUACUCACUCUUCAUUAAUGCUACUUGCUUGAUACAUAGCAAUCAAUAUUAUUCUAUUAUCUAUCUUCAUUG